UUAUCAUAGCAACCAGACACAGAUGACAAGUUGGGGCUUGUCUGCUGCUGCUGCUGAGAGGCCAAUGAUCUGAACUUCCUCAGUUUGCAGAGCAGCAGGUUGACUGCUCUGAACCAUGCUGCACUGCCCCACUACUACAAGCCGGACGUAAGAGACAUACAGGGGGGGGGGGGUCUUAGAUCAGAAGACCCUCCAUUUGGGUGUUGAACUCACCAGAAACACAAGAGUGCUCGGCACUGUCCAGACGAGAGCGGUAUCAGUUUUGUUAUCUAACUCUUGGAAAUUAAGCAAAUACGUGUACUUCCCAUCAACGUCAAACUGCUGCCAGAAGUUCCUUACGAAACCAAAGGGUGACAUCAGAGACACCACUUCACCACUUGUCUGUGGUUUUGGUGUGCCAAUUCCUGCUCUCACACUCAUCUGCUGAGUGUGGAGGUGACCAUGGCAACCGAGCCUGAGGGUAACCUGGGAAAGCGGAGGUUUGGCCCCAGUGAUCGCCUCAAAGCUAUGUUCAGGGCCUGCUCCAGAGAUCCAACAGAGGCCAUUGAAGCCAGACUGAGAUCUAUGCUACAGACAUUUCUGCAACACCGCAGAGACAAUGCAGCAAAUGAGUCCAACGAGUUGGCAGCGAAGUGCUGCUGUGAAGCUGGGAUCUGGUAUUACAGGAUCCUGGAGAACCAUGCAAGUGAAGAGAGGAACAGACUGGGCAUCAGUGAUAUCUCAGCCAUCUUGGAGAAUGAUCUUUUCCAGCGCUGUCUGGUGGCCUGUUGUCUAGAAAUGUCCAUAUCCUGGAAUCGUCUACAAUGUGACUUCCCUUCACUCCUUCAGAUCAUCAAACUGGCACCAUAUCACUUCUGGAAGGUAAUUGAGCUAGAGUUGCGGGCUGAUGUGGGCCUGCCUCAUGCUGUGGUCACACACCUCGCCCAAGUGGAAGAUAAAGUUCUAGAGAGCAUGGCAUGGACCAGUGACUCACCGUUAUGGGAAGAAAUCAGAGACAACGAAGGCCAUCUGCCUACCUGCCAACAGGUGAUUCCUCCUACACAGCUUGAAGACCUAACGAGAACAGAUUUACAAGCUGAUGAAAACCUACCAGAAGUGAGUCGCAGUUUGGGACGUGAACAGUCUGGCAGCACUGAUCGACAACGCUCCCCAUCAGCUGUGAACAGGCCCCGGAGAAGAAACUCCCUCCAUAUUUUUGCCCGCAAGGUUUACAGAUUGAUGGCCAUGCGUCUGAGGGAGCUGUGUUCCACGCUGCACAUUUCUGAUGAGCUGAGGUCGAAGAUCUGGACCUGUUUUGAGUACUCUCUGGUCAACUGCACUGGCCUCAUGAUAGACCGUCACUUGGACCAACUGGUCAUGUGUGCUAUCUACAUUAUAGCUAAGAUUACCAAUGUCGAGAUACCCUUCAAACACAUAAUGAACUGCUACAAGUCUCGGCCACUUGCCAGCAAAAGUGUCUGCAAAAAUGUGCUGAUUUCCGGAAGAGACACCGAAAAUUCUCCCACCGGAAACAACAGUAGCAAUAAUGGAUACCACAGUGACGGUAUCCUGACCCCCAACACACCAUCAACACAUUAUCCAGGACCUUGGCAGGAGGAGCGGGGCAAUCUUAUUUACUUUUACAACCAGGUCUACACAACAAAGAUGGAGGGCUUUGCCAAGAAGUUUGCACCAACCCCUGGAGGAGAAACUCCUCCAUCGUCUCCAUACCCCCGACAGUUUAGAGGAUCUUCUCGCAGACGCAGGCUGUCCAGCAGCCACUCCAUCUUCAUUUCACCGUACAACACAGAAAGCACUUCCCGCCAUACAUCUGGACUCUGCUACUACUUUAACUCAAGCCCCCCAGAGCGUCUGCGUGAGAUCAAUAUCAUGGUCAAGACGGGCAGGUCACCCAUCAGGCGAUCACUGGUAUCACUGGACGGAGAUGAUGAGGAGGAAAAUGAUGGUCCUUCAGCAAAAAGACUCCACUUGGAUGAUCAGUCAGCCUGGCAGAGGCGACUAAGGAAUGUGGAGAAUGACCGCAUGACAAUAAGGGACCGGGACCAACCAUCUCCAGUUACAAAGCCUAACCAGUACUAAAGCAGAGAGGAGCACGUAGUCUCUCUCCUGUUUCUUCUGAGAGUGUAACAACAAUGUCAGGUUGUUAGAGAGAGGAAAAAAAAGCACAGAGCAGCUUUGUCUUCCUUUACAGCUAUCCUAUAAGAAUUCCUUGGGGUCAAAUUAUUUGUCAGCUCAAAGUGUUGUCUGCAGUCUAAGCUAAAAUUAAACCUUUUUUGCUCUUUUGUUCUGCACUUUUUCUGACACCUGCUGUCCUUGAAUAGGGAACUUGGCCUUCAGCUCAAUGGCCAAUGGUAGAAGACUAUUGUCGUCCUGGGCAGCUCCCUGGUGAAAGAGUAUGAUGUCGUAUGAAUCUGAAGUAGGCCAUGGCUGGAAAGUGCUCAGUUGACUUUCAUUGGAUAAAUAAAGGUUAGACUGAGAGAGGAUGUUACUGUACUGUUACUGAACUGCAGUUAAAACUGUGAGGCAAGCUUAUCUUCCCCUUACAGCGCUCAUGGGGACAAGCAUGUGUCAAGCUCAACCAGUGUCUAUAGCCUUCAUGAAUACUUGAUUGUAAUUGACUUGAUUUGUAUUAAGUGAGGGGUGAUGCUAAGUGUUCAGUGCAAGCCACUCUAAAGCAGUUUUUAAUGUUUUUUUUCCUUUUACCUUGUAAUGAUGCUUUCUUGGCUUAUCUUCUAAAAUCGUUACAUAUAAUCAAGUCGAACCUGUUGUUAAGAGUGAAACAUGAUUCUAUGUUUCAUCACAAGAAUGAAAGGAAAAAUACAGAAUUUAUAUUUUAAGCAGCAUGAAACUUCAAUUGUACUUACGUGGACAAAUGUAAGAAAUUUUGCAUGUUUGCAGUUACAUCUAAAUAUAACUUUAAGAUGCGUGCAUACAUCACGGGUAGUUUGGAAGCCAAUCAUGGUACAGUAUUCAACAUGCACAAAUACGAUAUGUAAACUUGAAAUCUCUGGUGAGUACAGACUGACAAAUCACUUUAUCUUUUGCUAAAGGGUUUAAAUUUUGAAAAUGUUUUGUGUUUUUCUUAAACUGUGAUAAAAAAAUAAAAGUCAUUUUAUCAUUCAAUUAUUUUCUAAAGAACAGUGUUUUCAUCUCAUGAAAUGGUUUUUUAAAUUUGAUAAUCAAAAUACCUUCCAUGUAUUCUUCCAACAGUCACUUUAACUGCAAAUAUUCAUUAAACAAUAAACAUUUAUUUGAAAAAAA